AGCCUUUUUUAGUUGCUGAUAAGUUUAUGCAGGAGAUUGAAACGAUAACAACUAAUUAUAGUGAACCGGUACCAUAUUUAAAUUUUCAUAAGAAAAAUUUGACAAUUCUUGAACAAAAAAUUGCAUAUGGAAAAUUACACAGAAUGUAUAAAAAGGUACUUAAUAAAGCAUUAGAUAAUCAUUCUAAAUCGCAACAGCUCAUUAAAUUAUUGGAAGAAUUCAUUGAAGAAGCGGAUAAUAAUAAUCUAUCUGAUUCUAAAGAAAGCUCGCAAGGUGACAGUAUUAGUGAUAAAGAAAACUAUGACCCCGCAACAGAAAUUCAAGUACGAAACCCAAAGAAAUGUAAAGGUAAAGGUCGGCCACCAGGAACUAAAAGAUUUAAGUCUUCUCAUAAAAGCUCUAAAUCUGUAAUGAAAAAUCAACGUCGAUGCAAGAAGUGCGGAAAUGCUGGACAUUAUCAGAAAAAUUGUAAAGCAGAAAAAUAG